ACAUAGAGGGUAACAGAAACACAGAUAAAUAUAGCAUUGUAGGUGUCCAUAGUCUUAAUGCUUAAUGCUGAUUUUAAUAAUUAGUACCAAAUUCUGUAGGCCUUUCUUGGAAAUAUAAUAUUGUUACAGCUAAAAACUGCUAAUUUUUAGAAAAUAAUGAGGAAGGUUUCCAGGAAAUUAGAUGGAAAUUAUGAAACUGUAAAAUAAAGCGUUACUUUUUACAAAUAUAUAUUUAUAGAUUUAUUUAUUCAUGAGUUUUUUGUUUGUUUUGUAGAUAGAAUAGAGGAAAUACUGUAUAUUAGUUCCAUUGUUUUUAAAUGAACCGCCUCGCGUGAGUUCUCGCGAGAUUUGGUCCAACAGCGCCCCCUUGUUUGUGUGUGGAAAAGCGACGGGAGGUAUGAGGAAUGCUCCGCGGCUAAUGAUAGCAAGGUAAACGAAUAGGGAUUUAAUUCACUUUCGGUCUUCGCUGACACUCUGGGGGUCUACCAAAAGCUGCAGGAGGACGUAAUUUCGCCUAAAACCUCGUUUUUUCCUGCUACAUUCCCACCCAGGCGAGCAGCGAGAGCAAGAGAGCCCCGCUAAUCCCGAGAAGAGGGAAGCGGCCUGCUUUUUUUAGCCGGCUUCCCGGUGCAGCUCAGGCGGCUAGCACUGUCACGAGAGCCCGCUGCUUCCGCUGGCUUAUUUUUCCCCCCGCCGAGAGAAGCGUCGGAGCUUCGGAUUUAUUUUUGUUUUGAUCGCCGCAGCCUCCCUUUUACUCGUCUCUACCCACAUCGACGCUCGGCUGUCGGCGUUUCUCGCUAAGGGGGACCGUUUCCAGCCGGGGCGGCCUGUUUUGUUUUCGAGCCGCCAUGAAUCUCCGCGAACAAUAACACAGCCGUAACGAGCCUGCUGGGGGGCUGCGCUGCCGAGCGAAAUAGGAGACGCGGAUGCCUCGCUGUGGGAUACUAAAUGCAUCGUGUGAUACCAGCUCUGGACCGACGUGAAAGCCGCGGGACGAGCAUGCAUGUGGACUAUGGAAUAUCGCGGGGAAAAGCAUCGCAGACCGGAGCACUUUGUCACGAAAGCCCCUGUUUGAAUUUCGGUGCCGCUGCUAGCUAACCAGCUGUAAGUAACGUUAAAAGGCCACUGGUGGAGGAAAAGGGCGCCACACGAUGCUUUGUCUAAUCAUAACUCACGGAUUGUAUGGAAACAAACCGAACCGACUUGGAUGAACCGACGUUUUUAUGUACGGUUGGCCUCCUUGUGAAUGCACUUAUAAUCGCUCCCAUCGGAAGCAGCAGUACUCUCAGCGCUGGGGACACAUUGAGGAUGGAUUGGAUGUGACUUGGGGGAUGAGUAACCUCGACUGCUCUGCGCGCAGACUGCUAUAUAUGUGGGAUUUACCGACGGGGAACUGAAACCGUUAUAUCCAUCUAUGCUCUCUUCAAAGCCACCGGACUCCCUCGACAGAAACAUUCAUUUUACCUCACCGAGCGCGGGAGCUGCGGCUGGUUUGUGCCACCGCGCGGCUUUGGUGUUUUAACGUUAUCAGUACAUCUUCACGGACCGGACCGGAGCCCACCGGGGGCCAGGCAGCUGAGAUGAACCCGGUGAAUGCGACCUCUCUCUACGUGUCCGCGAGCCGUUCGGUGCUGCAGUGCGACCCCCGAGACCCCCGGGCCCUCGCGGAGCUCUGCAAGCUGCUGCCGUUUUUCCGUCAGUCCCUGUCCUGCUUGGUCUGCGGUAACCUCCUGCAGGACCCCAUCGCUCCCACCGACUCGUCAUGUCAGCACUACGUCUGUCGAGGCUGUAAGGGUCAGAGGAUGCAGCUGAAGCCGUCCUGUAGUUGGUGUAAGGACUAUUCCCGCUUUGAGGAAAACAGGCAGCUCUCCUUGCUCGUCCACUGUUACAGGAAGCUCUGUCUGUACAUCACGCAGUCGCCGCUCGCCCCACACAUAGCCAGCGCCGCCAGCGACUCGCCGGACCUCCAGGCCAUCCUCAACGAGGGCCUCACGUUGGCUGAGAGCGAGCCGGAGGCGGAGGACAUUUCGGACUCGGUCGGGGUGUCACAAACGGCCUCCACCUCCGACGCAGUCCAGCCCGGCGAAGCUCCUCCCUCGAAGGAGCUCAAGGGCGAGGAGCCGAGCCCCGUGAGCGUUAACGGACUGCAUGAUUGUAACGGCCUGGUCAGUUCGGACGCUCUGCAACCCAUCACCAUAGAAACAGGUGGAGGCGUUGCUAAGCAGGAGAGCUUUUCAGAGGAGAUCCCGGUGUGUGUGAGCGUCACGGGGACGGGGGAGGUGGGGCUUUGUGACAUCAGCACUUUUGGGGAUGACCUUAAACAUGGCGGGGGGCCUUUGUUGUUGAGCGUCGAGGAGGUGCUCAGGACUCUGGAGACGGACACGGACCCCGACACCACGCCCGAGUCCAACCCCCAGCCGGACUGCCCCUCCUCUGUACCUCAGUCUAGCCUCAACGGGCCUCACUGCCCAUCUGGCCCGGACUCCUCCCGCCUCAUCCCUUCCCUCCCCCCAGGGAACAGCCCUCGCCCGCUUCAGCCUCACCCGCAGCCCUCCUUGCAGCCUCCCCCUCAGCCCUCCACGGUCAUCCCUCGUGUCCCCCCUCGGUGCCACCGCAAGCGCUCCCGCUCAGAAAGUGACAGCGAGAAGGUGCAGCCCCUCCCCAUCUCCAGCCUCCUACGAGGGCCUCCCCUCGGUGCCAACAGCUCCCCCCACCACCCUAACCCCGGUGCCACCACCAAACAGGAGCCUAAGUUCCCUGCGGCCACGCCCCACCCCCACCUGGCCCCGGUGCCUAACGGCGGCCCCCCUAAAGUGGGCAAGACUGUGCUCGUCUCCAACAAGGCGCUGAAAAAGACUGUGGAGCACCACGGCCCCACCAAGAAGGCUUACACCAAGGCCAGGCAGGGGGCCCCCAAGCCCCGGGCACAGCCCCGUGACCGGGUGCCCCCUCACCCUCACGCACACCCCCUUACACACCCACCCAGCCCCUCAAAGCCACUGUAUAAGAAGCCUGUGGAGAAGAAGGGCUGCAAGUGCGGCCGAGCCACACAGAACCCCUCAGUGUUGACCUGUAGGGGGCAGCGCUGCCCCUGCUACUCCAACCGCAAGGCGUGUCUGGAUUGUAUCUGCCGUGGCUGCCAGAACUCCUACAUGGCUAAUGGAGAGAAGAAGCUGGAGGCCUUCGCUGUGCCAGAGAAAGCUCUGGAGCAGACCCGACUCACGCUGGGCAUCAACCUCACCAGUAUCACGGCGGCGGCCCUCCGCAGUCCGGCCACCAGCUCCCCCGGCAACACCCUCCUCAACGUCACCGCGGCCACAGGGGCGCCCGUCACCGCCACCUUCCUGUCGGGGGCGGGGCACGACAACAGGGGCUUUGACGAUUCACUGGAGAUGCGGUUUGACUGUUGAGGUCCCCACCACCACCACCACCUCCUCCUCCCACCCUCCUCCGGUCAGUCGUCACGCACAUUCCCCCCCUCCUCCCACACCCGCCCCCGCCAGCUGGGCGUUAUCCAUCGGGUUGUGCCAGGGACAUGCGGUGGCGGAGCCAGAACAAGGCAGCUACAGUGACAGGCGGUAGUGAGGGUCACCAGCUGAAGCUGAGGGGUCGCCCUCCGUCCAUCGCCUGAAACUGCACCAUGCUUGUGGUCUUGCAGCGUGGAAGAGAAGAAGGAAAAAGAAAGAGGAGAUGUAGCGUUACUGUAUGUGCAGAGAUUUCAUUUCAGUGGGGAUAGAGUUUCUUCUUCUUCUUUUUUUUUUCUUUUAUUGUUUUCUUCUCUACUAUGGGUAAUGUGUAGAGCAUGUUGUGUAGCUAAGUCGGGAGUGUUGACCACGGUCAUGCUCCUAGCUGUGUGUGUGUGUGUGCGAGCAUGUGAGUGUGUAUGUAUGAGGGGAAAGGUUUGGUUUGGAGAUGAACCUUAUUAGCAGGAACGGAGACAUCACCAUCAUCAUUAUCAUCAUCAGAGACUGGUGUAAUUUAUAUAAAAGAAAGAACUUUUUGUACAUGGACUUAACAGUUUCCAUCUAAGAAGACAUUUUAUGAUAUAUUUUAUAAGUUGCAUUUAAACCAAUGGAAGUCGGUGCAGGGGCGUAGCUGCUCUCAACCAGAAUAUUUUCACACAGGUAAACACAGGUGGAUUGUAUUUCAUAAACUGUAGACGACCAGAAAUAAAAUACAACAUGCUACAAACCUGAGAAAUGAAAUGAUCCAAUCUCUGAUAUCUUAAGCUGCAAGAACCGGGAUGUGAAUUUAACACCACCAGCCGAAUGCCUGUUUUGAUUAUGUCUGUUUAAUGUUUAAUACAUCAUGCUAAGAUGUUGCUGCAUACUAAAAAAAUACUUUUAAUUGGUUAAAUGCUGAAUUUUUGUAGUCAACCAACCAGUGUGGCUGAAGGAAGACAAAACUCCUAUCUCUGGGUUUGCUGUUCAAUAUAUCGAGGUUGCGGAAUUACCUGUAAAUUAUUCGUGUGUUCUUGUAUUAAGCACUUUUCCCACUUUUUCACACUGGCCCCACACAACCGCGAUAUUUCUUACCUGUGUUUAAAAACUCUGGUUGAUUUGCAGGCCCCGCAUGCCGGUUUUUCACAAGUUUUUGAUUUCUGAAAGCUACACACAUGCUGCUAAACACCACAAAGGACUUAAGAAGGAGAGCACGCCUUGUUUUCCUUGUCUUUUGUCCAGGUUUUUGUUUUGUUUUUAAUAAGUUUUGUUAACAACAUCUGCAGUAUUUAUUGGACGUCUCCUUACGCAGGUCACGUGUUGGGCUUCAAGUUUCACCUACUCUGCCUGUCGAAGUCUGUCGACCCCAGUCUGGACUGUUUGUGUCUCAGUUUAAGUUGCUGUCUUCUUCUUAGUGUUAGUUUCCGGUGUCUCCAAAACAGUUUUUUGUUCUCCCUCGGGGCAUUUAAAUACCUGUAAUAUAACUGUAACAUAUUUCCACAAAAAAGAAAGAAAAUCAAAAACUUACACAAA